GGUGUGGAACAGGGUGUCCAAGCAGCCGUUUGUGAUACACCGUUACAUAGGUGCUGGCGGCGAGGCGGCCACGCCAGAGUGCUCGGCGCUCGCGACGGGACAGGACGCAGAGAGCGGAGCUCUGAGGGGACCCCACAGAGCCAGCGCCUUCGUGCCUGACCCGGAGCUUUUCCCAAGCACUACUCCUGCGGCUGGCCUUGCGGCCAGACUGUGACACCACUGACUCAGACCUUGCUGAGGGACCUGUCUCGAAGGUGCCCUUGAGGUCUGACAGCGCAAUGGCAGGCAGAGUGUUCAGCCUGCUUAAGACCCUCCAGGGGAAAAAGAAGAAAGGCCCUGCAGCUGCCCCAGCACAGCAGCCUCCAGAGCCGGAGCAGUGGCAGCCACUGCAGGAUGAUGCAGUAAAGGAUGGGACACAGGAGCAGGAUCCCGCCCGUGGCCGCUUCCGCAGAGCUGUGCAGGUGCUGCGGAGGUUCCUGCGCACUCAGCGUAGGAACAGCACGGCCACAGCAGCCAAGGACUCAGCCCAGCCCGACUGCAGGCCCAGCGAGCUGCAGGCAGAGCCGGGUGCCAGCACAGAGUCCUCUGCAGGCGCAGCAGACUCUGCCAUGGCAACGGCUGAGGGCAGCACCAAGGCUGGCACGGCCCGGGCUGAGAGCGUGGCCAGCACAGACACCCUCACAUGGAGCAACUCCGACACAGAUUCCAUGGCCAGCCAGACUGACAUUAUUGCUCCCACUCAGAACCUUUCCCAGGUGGAGGGAGCUUUCUCUCCACAUCAGGUGCCAGCCAUCGUGAGGGACAUUCACCAAAGACUCACAUACUGUGUCACCGUGGAUGCUGGGCUGCAAAAUGUCCUUGUGACACUGUCUGAAGAACACCCUUUUCAAGCGGUUCUGAGUCUCCUGUGCUGUGCCCCAUCGUGUGACGGAGCUGCUGCCCUGAUGUGGAGAACCAUCGGCUCGUCGGGACAGGUGGUGCAGGAGGUACUUGCAGCACUGCUCUCUGUGAUGGAGUCCAGCAUGUUCUACUCCAGAGAGGACAACGAGGCCGUCUUUGCCCUGGCUGCAACUGUGGUGCUGUGGGUGACUGUCCACAUGCCCGAAUGGCACACAGCAAUAUUCCUUCAUUCAGCCCGCCUGUUCGUGGCUCUGCUCUUCCAAAUUUUCAGCAGCACAGAGCAGAUGCCACAGGGCGUUGAGAAUGUGUGGGCAGCGUGCCGGGAGGAGCACCACCUUCCCAGCAACCGCAGCAGGUUUGCAGUGCAGACCAUGAAGGCUCUGCUCUGCCGCCUGGGCCACGAUGAAAUGCUGGUGCCUCUGGAGCGGGUCUGGGACGCCUUGCUCUGUGCCGACACCAGGCACUUUGCAUUGGGGCUGCUGGCCAGGGAGAUGCGCCAUGGCUUGAGCCCCUUGUGUUCCUGCAUCGCCACGCACCUGCUCAGCCUGCCCAUCUGGGGGCAGCCUCGCUGGGAUCUGCCGGCGCUGGCGUUCUUUGUGGAGCAGCUGCAGGACAACAACCAAGAGGAAGAAGAAGCAGUGUCCUUUGGCGAGCUCCACUUACCAUUGAAGAUGGGAGCAGCUGGAGAGCAGACCGGACCAGCUGGAGAUCCAGGCACAGCUCUUGGUUAUCACAGCUGAGCCUGUGGCAAGCUCCAGAGCUCCUGCCAUCUCCCUCCCUCUUGGCAGUUCCCUCCUCCCUCUUGGCAGUUCCCUCUCUCCAUUCCUCAGUCCCUGCCCAUCCCCAGUUUUGCGUCUCUGCUCACCCCUUCGCUUCGCAUUGCUUUAAUAAAGUUUGGUUUGUUCACUUUACCCAC